AGUAGUGUCUUUAACAAUCUCAUCCAAUUCAAUCAAAGUUGUGAUCUUUUUCAUUACCCAACAACUGAAUCGAGUUGUGUAAUCAGAGACCGCUAAUUCCUCGUGGAAUCGCAUCUCGUCAAUCAGUUGUGGGUGCAUGAAUCAGAAAAGCGACUGGUUUUGGGAAAUUUGGUGGAAUCUUGGAUAUCAAUGCAGAUUGAGGUUUAAAUUAGCAAACUACAAUAGUUAUUGGGCUUUAACGUAAUUAUGAGAACAUAGAGGGUAAAAACGAAUAUAAUACGACAUUGGAGCCUCUUUGUAGCAAAUUAAGACCACUGAGCCACUGAGGAUAACUUUUCAUUACGAAAAUAUUCGAAGUUUGUGAAGACCAGGGCUAAUUAAUUCGUGAAACUGUUAAAUUCUCAACCGGUUGGAUACUGGGCCGUUGAUUGUGCAUUGUGGAUAUGAUAAUUGCUAUUUUUUUGCUUCAGGAGGAGGCUAUAGCAAAGGGAACCGUCGCCGUAUGCAGUAAAAAAAAGAAAAGAAAAAAAAGUAGAAAAACGGAAAUAUUCCAAUUUGACAAAGAUCAUUAAACCUAGUGGGUAAUCUUUCUCUGUUUUCUAUUUACUACUUAUAUAUAUCUCCAAAAAGAGUCCCCGUGAAUUAGACAUAAGCUAUGGUUAAGUAUCUGUUGAGAAGACGAGCCUAUUUCGUGGCGCCAGAGAUUCCUUUUGAUCUCAUGAUCGAGAUCCUAACUAGGUUGCCUGCUAAAUCGCUUAUGAGGUUCAGGUGUGUCUCAAAGCUAUGGUCUUGUCUGAUCCGGUCUCGAUAUUUUAGCAACCUUUAUCACACGGUUUCAUCAUCGCGACCGCAACCACUUGGUCUAUACAUGAGUUUGAAUUCGGUGCAUUGGGCGAGACACUUGAAGUGUGAUUCAAUGGAGCUUUGCCACAACCCUGGAAAGUCUGAUCUGCUAUCAUUAAGGUUAUCGUCGUCGUCUAGUAAUAGUGCUGAAUCAUCCUUAGAAAUAGAUUUGAAUUUCCCAGGGAUGGAAGGACACAUGAUGUUUGUUCUUCGCGGUCUGAUUUUAUACACUAUUUGCAGAAAAGCAUGUAUCUAUAAUCCCGCAACCAGACAAAGGUUAAUCUUACCGGCGGUCAAGUCCAACAUCUUUGCUCAACAAGUACCUAAUAAGCGCGUCUGCAACUUUUUCGGACAUGAUCCUAUUAAUGAUCAAUACAAAAUAUUAUGCAUUGUUGUGCUAAACUCAAAACAUAGGCUAACCUCCGAGUAUUGGGUCUUCGUAGUGGAACCAGGAGGUUUUUGGAAAAGAAUUGAGCAUGAUGAUGAUCAACCUCGCUUUCCUACAAGACAAGGACCCUGCAUCAACGGAGUUAUAUAUUAUCUGGCUUCCAGUUUUACCUGUCAAGAUAAGGUUUACUGUUUUGACGUUAGGUUUGAAGAGUUUCGUGUGAUCCAAGUACCCAGUGAGGUGUCUAAAUAUGCUUAUUCCGUGGGUUUCAUAGAGCAUGGUGGAAAACCAGCAAUUUUUGAUUUCACACGUAUUAGAGAAACUGGUGUGUCGGAGUUGUGGGUCUUGGAGAUGAAUGGUGGAACAUGGUCGAGGAAGUCUCUGGUUUUGAAGCUUUGUCAGAAACAUUUAGUGGAUGACGUUAAGAUUAUGGAUUUGAGAGUGCAUGAUACCGGUCAGAACAAUGAGGUUAUCUUGGCGUUGCCUAAUACUUGUUACCUUCUCUAUUAUGAUCUGAUAAAGAAUGAUUUGAGAAAGGUUGAUAUCAAAAGAGAAAGUCCACCGGACCAGAGGCUGAACAUAUAUGUCAAGCUCAUGGAUAAGGGUGAAAACAUCAUGCCCUUAGAAAUUUGAUUAUCAUUACUAUUUGUGUUUUGACUGCAAUUGUUGUACUAUUUAUUUUGUAAGUUUUAUUUUACUUAUGUUGCAAACAAACAGUCGUUGUUCUUCUUUUAUUGUUUAAUAUCAUGAUAGGACUAGUUUUGUUGA